UUUUCCAAAAAUCACCGAAGAAAAACCUGAAACCCUAAAAAAAGACCUGGUUUUAAGUUUAAAACCAGGUCUUAAUAAUAAUUAGCUUCAAUAUUAUUAAUCACAUUUUAUAUUAGAUCUGUUUAUAAUCUCCUUUUAGCUUUCUCAUUUUUAUUUUUUUUUUUGAAAAGUUUUAAUUUUUGGUUUCUUCUCUUUGAAGCUUCGUUGAACGUCAUACAUCUUUCCACUAUGAACGACCUUCUAACGUCAUUUGAGAUCCCUCGAGGUCAAGGAUCACAAGGUGGUGAUAUCGAGUUAGGAGCUCAAAUGAAUUCUGGAGAACUGGGCCUUCAGAGUUUCUUUAAAAAGGUUCAAGAGAUGGAUAAACAAUUUGAGAAGCUGGAUAAGCUACUCAAAAAGCUUCAGGAUGCACAUGAGGAAUCAAAGGCAGUGACUAAGGCUCCUGCCAUGAAAUCUAUCAAGCAGCGAAUGGAGAAAGAUGUUGAUGAAGUUGGAAAAGUUUCUUGUUUUAUAAAGGGGAAAAUUGAGGAAUUGGACAGAGAGAAUUUAGCCAAUAGGCAGAAGCCUGGAUGCGGAAAAGGAACAGGUGUAGACCGGUCGAGGAUGGCAACAACUCUUGCCGUGAAAAAGAAGUUGAAAGACAAAAUGGCUGAAUUUCAGACUUUGAGGGAAACCAUCCAUCAAGAGUAUCGGGAGGUUGUUGAGAGACGUGUUUUCACAGUGACGGGCACAAGACCUGAUGAAGAGACAAUUGAAAAAUUGAUUGAUACUGGAGAUAGUGAACAAAUAUUCCAGAAAGCAAUUCAGGAGCAAGGACGAGGCCGGAUAAUGGAUACUGUUUCUGAAAUUCACGAGCGACAUGAAGCGGUAAGAGAUUUGGAGAGAAAGCUUCUUGAGUUACAACAGAUAUUUUUGGAUAUGGCGGUGCUGAUUGAUGCACAAGGGGACAUGCUUGACAACAUAGAAUCUCAGGUCUCAAGUGCAGUAGAUCAUGUGCAGUCGGGUAAUACUGCACUGCAAAAGGCAAAGAAAUUACAGAAAAACUCCAGGAAGUGGAUGUGCAUUGCUAUUAUCAUCCUUCUCCUGAUUGUUGUAAUUGUUGUCGUCGCUGUGAUCAAGCCCUGGAGCAGCAACAAAGGUGCUUAGAUUUUUUCAUUAAUUUGUUUAUAUACAAAAUAUAGAUAUGAAUUCGUUCAAUCAUUCCUCUCUCGGCUGUUCUUGUUAAUAAUUCGAGGUCUAUCCUUUUUGUUGCGAGUCUUUGUCGUUUGCAUACUGUUACGAUUGAAAUUUGAAAAUUUUCUAAUGUUCUUUUGAUAUAAAAAUAUAAUAUCAUGGUCUUUGUUGAUUUCUUUUGCAGACGUGCUUUGAAUUCAU